GUUCGCAGUCGCGGUGUUCUCGGCGUGGAUCCGUUACCGCAGAGGGCUGUGAUCUGAGCGCGCGCGCGGCCCGCCUCGUUAACCCAUUCUGUGCUGACAACAGACGUGUAAUCUCACAUGAGUAUGGAUGGGCAUGGAGAAGAAGAAGGUUCCACUGCUCAACAGCUCAAGAAAAAUCUCCGAACUGGCAAUACAGUAAAAAGGCGGCCAAAGAAAGAUGAAAAUCCGGGGUCAGAUGAUAAUCUAAAAUCAGAGCCGUACAGCAAGCGAAAAACGAAGAAAAGAGAAACUACAAGCAAAUGCCAGGCAGAGAAUACUAAAGACCUAGCUGCAAAAAUGAAACCUGACCGACAUAACGUAUGCUCGAAUGAGAUUUCUAAAUCGGGACCCGACAAGAAGCAAAAGUCAAAGAAAAGAGAAACGACCAAAAAAGCCCAGAAAACGAAUACAGACACAACUACCAACGUGAAACCUGAAACAGACAAGUGUAGAAACCAAACAUCUGAGAGAGAGAAAAGAGUGAACAAACCCAAAAAUGACACCACCAAGAAGGUAGAGGAAGAAGUGGCCGAGGCAGCACCUAAGCAUUUGCACCUUAGUUUGAGCUCUCACAAGUAUGUAGGUGCACAUGUAUCCAUUCAAGGAGGACUGUGGAAAGCAGCACUAGAGGCCAAACGUAUGGGGGCCAGAGCAUUUGGUCUGUUUCUGAGGUCUCAGAGAACCUGGAACAGUAAACCCCUAGAAGAUGAGGCUGCUGAGAAGUUCAGGAGAACAUGUGAUGAGUUGGGCUUUGAGUCCCGUUAUAUACUGCCACAUAGCCCAUAUCUUAUGAAUCUGGGCUCACCUAAGCCAGAUGUGUUUCAGAAGAGUCGUGCUAUGCUAGUUGAAGAAUUAAACCGGUGCCAGAAGCUUGGCCUUACAUUAUAUAAUAUUCACCCUGGAUCCCAUAUUGGUGAAAUGCCAGUCGACAAGUGCCUAGAACUCAUUGCUGAUGGCAUAAAUCAUGCCCACUCACAAGUUCCUGGAGUUACAGUCGUGUUAGAAAAUAUGAGCUGUCAAGGCAGCACGGUUGGAGGUCGCUUUGAGGAGCUGCGAGGAAUCGUUGACCACGUCAAGGAUAAGUCUCGUAUUGGCGUGUGCCUAGACACAUGUCACGCCUUUGCUGCUGGUCACAACUUGUCAGAAAAGACCGGCCUCCAACGUAUGUUAGAUGAGUUUAAUAAGAUUGUUGGGCUUUCAUACCUGAAAGCUGUCCACCUGAAUGAUUCCAAAGGUAAAGUUGGCUGUCGACUGGACCGUCAUGAAAAUAUAGGCAGAGGUCACAUUGGAGUAGAGGGAUUCAGAAAGGUGAUGAAUGAGCCCCGGUUUAAUGAGAUUCCCAUGAUCCUUGAGACACCUGCCAGCUCUGAUUUUGAGGACUAUUUGGAUGAGAUUGAUCUUCUGUAUUCUCUGUGUGAAUAAGGAAGACGUCUGUAAGUGACACAAUUGAACUUCACUCGUACAGGACGCUGAAGAUCUCCUGCACUCUUUGGUCUUGGAACAUUUUUCCCUUUAAUAUGCUGACUUGCAAAACUCCUGAGGAAAUGCAAGUAUUGCCGCAAGGGAAAUACUGAGAAUAUAUUGUAAAUUGUGAUUUUGCUGGAUUACGUACUCUUCAUGUUUUUUUGCCCUGGGACAAUGGGCCAGAGCAACCUAUAGGAACCUCUUAGCUUGCAUAUUUAGACCCUGCACUAGUACAGCUACAACUAGAAAAUAAUUUGGUUGCCAGGCCAAAGACUUCCAACAUUCUCAUGACCCUUUUUUCAUAAUUUUUUUUACCCCUCUAUG